AUGUUAUUUGUUCAACCACAACGAGGCACUGCUCCUUGUAGGCUACUGACUGCGGGGCUGACAGAGCUGCUGCUGGCCGCGCAAGAGGGAGAGAAGAAACAUGAUGGCAUGACCCGGCGGCAGCCAAGACAGGACCCUCAGAACUCAUUUGCUGCCCAAGUGGGAGAACUGAAUAGUUUUCCACUUAAUCUGAAAAUUGGCCUCGGUUCUUGGAAUGUUUCUCACCUCCUUCUCUCAGCAUCAGCUGCUGAAAAGAAGCCUGAGGAGGAAGUUGGGGAACGUCCUACCAAUGACACGGGGGAACCGGGCCCGACCCCUUCGUUUCUCCGUCUGUGCAAGACCACAUUCGUAACACCUGCCUCACCUUCCCCCUUCGAACAGGGCGAAAGCAGGCCCCGAGGAAAGCCAACGCCACCUGAAGCCCGAGAAAGCUCGAGCACCACGGCAAGGAAGACAAUGGCGCGUUCCCAGGUGGGUUCGCAGGUGGACACGCGUUUGCGCACACCCGUAUCCUGUAACUCACGCCCCCGCUGUGGGGGCCGUUUCCAGACCCCCCCCCCCCAGCGCCUUUCCAACCCUCCGAUUUUCUCAUCCAAAUACCGAAGUCGCAUACAGAUAUUUUUUUUUUCCCCCUUUGGGUCGAAGAGACCCGGACCGAAGCUUCGGGUCACAUUUACGCUGGUGACAUAAUACGAACCACAGCGUCAGGAAUAUAGAUCGAGGUAACGAACAGCCCCAACUCCCCGGGGAGGCGCCCAGAUGAAAGUGAUUUGCCCAGAG